UGCAUCAUCACCCUGCGACACGUCAACACGCAGCAUGUUAGCGGCAGCGGCUGAAUAAUACCGAUUAAACUGACGCAAAUAACGUUUUCUACCAAAUUUGGAGUUGUUUUUUUCUGUCCAUGAGCACGGCGAACUUUUUUGUUGAUGUAUGUGAAUUAGUCGUGUAGUUUCAUUGCUGUUUGCGUCAGAAAUCGGAAUUAUUUGUAAAAAUUACAAAGAGCCGACGUUCAUUUUUACCCCAAAACAGAAACAAAGCUGUUGUUUAGUGUCAAGAUGAACGAAGAAGAGCUGGUGGAAUACUUCGGGGCUCAGAUGAGCAAAGACCCGGGCAUGGCCUCAGCUGUGGCAGCUAUCGGAACCCUGCUGGAGUUCCUGAAGAGAGACAAAGGUGAAACCAUCCUGGGUCUGAGGGAAAGCCUGACGUGGGCCACAGCUUGCCUGAAGAAGGAGGACUCCUCUGUGGCCGUCUCCUCUGGGGGAGAGCUCUUCCUGCGCUUCAUAAGUCUCACAUCGCUGGAGCACCAGGAUCUGUCUCGCUGUAAGAAGGUGAUGGAGGAGCGAGGAGAGCUUUUUCUAGAGAAGAUCUCCAUGUCCAGGAACAAGGUCGCUAAGCUCUGUCACACCUUCAUCAAAGAUGGCGCUAAAAUCCUGACCCACUCGUACUCCAGAGUCGUCCUCCGAGUCCUGGAGAAAGCUGCGGCGGAGAAGAAACGCUUCUCUGUCUACGUGACUGAAUCGCAGCCAGAUGGCGCUGGCCAACAGAUGGCAGGAGUUCUGAAGAAACUAAACGUUCCAGUAACUGUUGUCCUGGAUGCAGCAGUGGGGUAUGUGUUGGAGAAAGUGGAUCUGGUCAUCGUCGGAGCAGAGGGAGUGGUGGAGAGCGGAGGAAUCAUCAACAAGAUUGGCACCUAUCAGAUGGCGUUGUGCUCCAAAGCUCACAACAAACCCUUCUACGUCGUAGCAGAGAGUUUCAAAUUCGUACGUCUGUAUCCGCUCAACCAGCAGGACGUGCCGGAUAAAUUUAAGUACAAAGCUGAAACCCUGAAGGCCGUGCAGAACCUGUCAGAGGAGCAUCCAAUUAUCGAUUACACGCCUCCUUCUCUCAUCACCCUCCUCUUCACCGACCUUGGAGUCCUCACGCCAUCAGCCGUCAGCGAUGAACUCAUCAAACUUUAUUUAUAACUGUUGCUUCACGAUUCCCCAGUAAAGUUCCUUAAAUAUCAGAGUU